AUGGAUCCCAUGCUGAAAGGUGUGGAGCUGGCCAGAAGCAGCCACUUCGCAUUUGUCUUCGGGCAGCGCAAGAAGAGGACAAGGGGAAGCCUGUCCCAGCCCCAGGGUUGUGAGGAGGGGAGGAAGAGGAAGCGGCUGACGACCCGGAAGGCUCGGACUCGCUUCGACCGGGCGGUGCGCUCGGCGGAGGCGAAGCGGUCCGCGCUGGUCGGGAGCUGGCGAGGCCUGGGCCGCAAGCGGAAGAAGAGCGAGAUCGAGCCCAUUUUCUGGGAGCCGGAGCAUGAGGCCUUGGGCAUGAAGCUCUUUGAGUUCAACUUCAAGAAGUGGCUCCAGGAACGCCGGCUUGCUAGCUGCUUGCAGCGAGACGCGAGCCUUGAUCCGCCGAGAGAGGAGGGGGCUCCCUGCAGGCCCUUCAUCUACUUCAGGUACACGGCCCCAGACCGGCCUGACACUGCGCAGAUUUCCCCCGGCUCUUUCUGGGUCAAGGCCUACCACGGCACCUGGUUCUAUGGACUCCGCAGCAUCCUACAACACGGGGUUCUGCUCGAAUCGGUGAGCGAAGACCAGGGCCAUGAGUUUUGGAAGCCAGGGCUUUACCUGACGCCUUGGCUGAAGACGGCGAACUGGUAUGCCAGGGCCCAGAACGUCUUCAACGACCAGGUCUUCCACCGGGCCAUCGUCGAGGUCCUCUACGACCCCUCGAAGAAGAAGAUCUACCGGGAGCGCGGGGGAGGCCAGAUCGUCGUGACCAGCGACGCCGUGGCCAUCACCGGGCUUAUCAUACAGCCCAACUCCCCACCGCUCAAGGGCGAAGAGAGGAGCGAGAGGCUCUUCCUGGCGCUGGCGCACCUCGCCUCCUGCGGCGUGGAGCACCAGGAUGUCAAGCCGGAGAAUAUGAUGCUGUACGACGUACAUGUCGCGGCCUUCCAGGCCGAGUUGAAGCUUGGGGACUUCGGCUGGGCGGCCGUGGCCCCGCCGCCCGGGGCGGAGGAGGGCAAGGUGGCGAAGCCGCCACCCACAGGCGCUGGCUCCUUGUGGUACGCGCCGCCCGAGCUCAAUCCCCCCGUGGAGGGCAUCGACCCAGAGUUUCCGGCUCUGGACGACCAUGGCGAGCCAAUUCGAGGCCUCAGCGACAUGUGGAGCGCCGGCGUCGUGCUUUACCUGCUGCUCGUGGGCCACAACCCUUUCAACCAGGCGCUCAAGCAGCCGUCGCAGGAGUUGCAAGACCAGGAAGUGCUGCGGCUCGUGGCGCUGGGAAACUACAACCGGCGCACGGAGAGAUGGCUGCAGCUUCACCCAGAUGCACGUGACCUGAUCACCAAGCUCCUGCGCGUGCAGCCCGCGCAGAGGUGCAGUGCGACCGAUGCACUGCAGACGGCCUUCAUCACGCGCCGCGCGGUCAUGGGCCGGGUGGCAGGCUACGGCGGCAACUCCAGCGCGAUCUCCGCGUGCAUGGAAAGCGAGCCCUCCGUCUUCUUCCGGGGCUCAGUCGCGCCCUGGGCCGGACGGGAACGCCGAUGGGCGCGGUUGGACGGCUUCCAGCGCCUCGCCUGGUUGGCGAUGGCGCGGGCGCUCUCCGAGCCCGAGUUGGAUCGAUCCGUCGUCCAAGGUGCCAUGGAGGGCAUGGAGCACGAGCGCCAGCGCCGCUCCAGUGAGCCCCGCGAGGCCGGCUACCUUUGGCAGCUGGCUCGGGAACUGGGCACGGCGCCCGUCUUCCAGUGGCUCCAGGAGAGAAGUGCCUGGCCGGAUGCCCUUCGCCUGGCCUUCGCUUUCCUGGACGUGGACGGCGACGGGGCCCUGGGCCCUAGGGACCUUGUGGCGCACUGCACAGGACCACCACGCCGACGCGAGAGCCUCGAGCCCGCUGCGGCGAUGGCCAAGGCUGCCGUGCCGCAGACAGCGGAGCUGGUGCGGACAUGGAUACAACGGUGGGAGCCCAAAGACAGGUCUACCGACACGCCAGCGGCCAUCACGCAAGCGGGCCUCAGAGAGGCCCUCUUGGCGUCGUGUAGAGGCGACGAUUCCCUCUAUGGUGUCCUCGAUGACAACGAGGACGAUGGAGCCGUGGGUGGAGACACGGAGAUGGAGGGAGAGGAGCGCGCCGUUCGGGGCAGAGGCCCCGAAGAAGCCCUGGGCAUCUGGGGCGACUCUGGGGGCACGGGCGCGGGCAGCGGAAUCGCGCUGAGCUUCGCAAGAGACCACCGAGUCCCACCCCUCGCCGUCGGCGGCAUCUGA